AUGGUGGCUGAUGAAAUGGGUCUAGGAAAGACAAUCCAGGCAAUUGCCAUCGCUUACUUCUAUAAGGAGGAGUGGCCUCUUUUAAUAGUGGUCCCUUCAUCUCUGAGGUACCCUUGGACAGAAGAAAUAGAGAAAUGGAUCCCAGAGUUAAGUCCAGAAGAAAUCAGUGUUAUUCAGAAUAAAACUGAUGUUGGGAGAAUAUCAACCAGCAAAGUGACAGUUCUGGGUUAUGGUCUGUUAACGACAGAUGCAGAGGCUUUGAUAGACACACUGAAUAAUCAAAACUUCAAUGUAGUGAUUGUGGAUGAAUCACACUACAUGAAGUCCAGAAAUGCAAGUCGCAGCAAGAUUUUAUUGCCAAUAGUACAGAAAGCCAAACGAGCCAUUCUUCUUACAGGAACUCCAGCUUUGGGAAGGCCUGAAGAGCUUUUUAUGCAGAUUGAAGCUCUCUUUCCACAAAAAUUUGGAACUUGGACAGACUAUGCCAAAAGAUACUGUAACGCACAUGUCAGAUAUUUUGGUAAAAGGCCUCAGUGGGAUUGUAGGGGAGCAUCAAAUCUUAAUGAACUUCAUCAGUUAUUAAGUGACAUAAUGAUUAGAAGACUAAAGACUGAAGUUUUAACCCAGCUGCCCCCUAAAAUCAGACAGCGUAUUCCUUUUGAUCUUCCGUCAGCAGCAGCCAAGGAAUUGAGUACCAGCUUUGAAGAGUGGGAAAAAUUAAUAAGAUCUUCAAAUUCAGUUGCCACUGAGACUGUUAUGGGGUUGAUUACUCGCAUGUUUAAACAAACUGCUAUUGCCAAGGCUGGUGCUGUAAAGGAUUACAUUAAGAUGAUGCUUCAAAAUGAUUCACUUAAAUUUCUGGUUUUUGCUCACCAUGUAAUUAUGCUCCAGGCUUGCACAGAAGCAGUCAUAGAAAACAAGACUCGUUAUGUGAGGAUAGAUGGAAGUGUUCCAUCUUCAGAAAGAAUACAUCUGGUUAAUCAGUUUCAAAAGGAUCCUGAGACUCGUGUGGCUAUCUUAAGCAUUCAGGCUGCUGGUCAGGGUUUGACAUUUACUGCUGCAACUCAUGUUGUAUUUGCUGAGUUGUACUGGGACCCUGGACAUUUAAAGCAAGCAGAAGACCGUGCUCACCGAAUUGGACAGUGCAGUUCUGUGAAUAUUCACUACCUCAUUGCAAAUGGGACUCUAGACACCCUUAUGUGGGGAAUGUUGAAUCGCAAGGCUCAGGUUACUGGGAGCACAUUGAAUGGUAGGAAGGAACAACUUCAGGCUGAGGAAGGUGAUAAGCAAAAAUGGGAUUUCCUGCAGUUUGCUAAGACUUGGACACCAAAUGAAAGUUCUGAAGAGCUCAGGAAUGAAAUUUUGUUCACUCACUUUGAAAAAGAAAAACAGCAUGAUAUUCGAUCAUUCUUUUUACCAAAACCUAAAAAUAGUCGGUUGGUGACCUCCUGUGAUGAAUCAAGAAUUUUCCAUGAAAAAAAUAUUGUAGUGCCAACAGACCCUGGAAAAAUAUCUGCAAGAAAUAUCAUUGAUUAUGAAAAUAAUUUUGAACCUGAAGCUAAAAGAUUGAAGUCAGUCACCACCGGUGACCACUGCAGUCCCCCACAGGAGAAGCCAUGCUGGCCCAGGCAAACCAAAGCUCCAGCCCAGGCAACCACCCCACCCGUUCCUGGAAAGGACUGGCAGUGUGGUUUCUGCACCUAUAUCAAUAAUGCAUUGUUACCUUACUGUGAAAUGUGUGGGCAUCCUCACGGCAGUGCUGGUAGCUUCAACUAUACCCAGGAUAAAAACAAAAAUGAAAAAGAUGAUUCUCAGAAAGACACAUCCAGAAAAGUCUGGACUGAUUUUGAAUGUGAAAAACAAGUUCUUGCACUGUCAGAACCCGAAUCGUUGGCUGAGAGCAAGGAAGAAAUAAUAAAAAUCGAGAAGGAAGGUGGACGCAUGCCCCAGCCAGGCAAUGAACAUUUGAAGAGUUCAGAUACUCUGCCAGUGUAUGAUACCUUAAUGUUUUGUGCAAGUAAGAAUACUGACCGGAUUCACCUUUACACCAAGGAUGGAAACAGGAUGAACUGUAAUUUCAUUCCUUUGGAUAUAAAAUUAGACCUUUGGGAAGAUUUACCUGCAAGCUUUGAACUGAAACAAAAUCGCUCCCUGAUUUUGAGGUUUGUUCGAGAAUGGAGUAGUUUAACUACCAUGAAGCAAAGAAUCAUCAGGAAAAGCGGACGGCUAUUCUGCAGCCCAAUUCUUGCUUUCGAAGAGAUCACAAAGCAGCAAACCAAACAAAAUAGUACAAAAAGAUACAUAACCAAAGAAGAUGUUGCUGCAGCCUCAAUGGACAAGGUGAAGAAUGAUGGGGGCCAUGUCCGUCUGAUCACAAAGGAGGCCAGGCCACAGGACACAGCUACAAAAAACUUUCUUGAAGAUGGAGCCUGUUUCCCAUUUCUAAAUUCCUGCCUAACCCAAGCUGAUCACAGUGUGAAGCCUUCUACAUCCAAAGGCUAUUUGCAAGCUAUGGAUAAUGAAGGAAAUCCACUUUGCCUUCUCUGUCAGCAGUCCACUAGCCAAACUAAGCAAGAAUGUAAAAUGAACGCUUGGGAUUCACGGUUUUGCUCUCUGACAUGUCAGGAGGAGUUUUGGAUUCGUUCUAAUAACAGUUACCUACGAGCCAAAGUAUUUGAAAUUGAACAUGGUGUGUGUCAGCUAUGUAAUCUGAAUGCACAAGAACUCUUUUUACGUCUGAGAGAUGCUCCUAUAAGUCAGCGGAAGAGUCUUCUGGAUAUUACCUGGAUUUCAAAGCUCCCUUUAGAACAGCUUAAUGAAAUGAUAAGAAACCCAGGGGAAGGGCAUUUCUGGCAGGUGGACCACAUCAAACCAGUGUUCGGUGGAGGAGGACAGUGCUCCCUGGACAACCUGCAGACUCUCUGCACAGUCUGCCACAGAGAGAGAACUACCAGACAAGCCAAGGAAAGGAGCCAGAUGAGAAGACAAUCUCUAGCAUCAAAGCAUGGAUCUGACAUCACACGAUUUUUGGUGAAGAAAUGAAGUAUAAAAACAUGAAUGGAUGACAAAUGGUUUACAUGG